CGCACAGCGCCAGACCGGGCAACGGAGCGCCGAGCGCUUCUCCUGCCGUGUCCCCGCCCAGGUGCGUGGAUCGAGCGCCGAGCGGCGGAAGAUGUCGGAGAAACUGCAGAAGAGCGUGAAAAUUGCUCCCGGCGCCGUGGUCUGUGUGGAAAGUGAGAUCCGGGGAGAUGUAACUAUUGGACCUAGGACAGUGAUUCAUCCAAAAGCACGGAUCAUUGCAGAAGCAGGACCAAUAGUGAUUGGUGAAGGCAACCUAAUAGAAGAGCAAGCACUUAUCAUAAAUGGAUUUCCUGAAAAUAUCACACCAGACACCGAAGGAAUGGAACCAAAACCAAUGGUCAUUGGCACCAAUAAUGUUUUUGAAGUUGGUUGCUUUUCACAAGCCAUGAAAGUGGGUGAUAACAAUGUAAUUGAAUCAAAAGCAUUUGUGGGCAGGAAUGUGAUUCUGACCAGUGGCUGCAUCAUUGGGGCCUGCUGCAAUGUCAACACAUAUGAAGUUAUCCCUGAGAACACUGUGAUCUAUGGAGCUGACUGCCUGCGUCGAGUCCAGACUGAGCGUCCCCAGCCACAAACGCUGCAGCUGGAUUUCCUGAUGAAAAUCCUGCCAAAUUAUCACCAUUUAAAGAAGACUAUGAAAGCAGCAUCUACUCCUGUUAAGAGCUAAGAGUUCUCCCAUCAAGAUAUAUUUCCCUCUUCUGCUCCAACUGAUUUAGGAACUUUUCUUUCAAUUUCCAGCUCUGUG